ACCUCUACAACAUACCAUCAACAUGACCGACGGCCUCUCUGCUGCCACUCUGGCAAUUUACGUCGUCCUCAUCAUCCCCAGCGUUUUCCUCCUUGUCAAACAUGGCCGUCAAGGCCUCCUCGGCUGGCUGUUCCUUACUAUCUUCUGCACCAUCCGAAUCGUCGGCAGCGGACUCUCUCUCUCCAACUCUUCCGCCACAAGCAUCAUCUCGAACAUUGGUCUAUCGCCGCUGUUGUUCGCGACAUGUGGAAUUCUCAAAGAAGCAAAAACCUACCGUCUCAAAUCCCUCGACCGCCGACUUGAGGCCGUCUUCGAUUUCUUCUUCCACAUGCUUGUCGCCGCGGGCGUUGUUCUCACGGCGAUCGCGUCGUCGAAGCUACAGCGUCACGAGCAGCCGAUCGAGAAGGCAGAGAGAAAGGUGAAGGCGGGAAUGGCCAUUUUAACGAUCUCGUGGGUCGUUCUGGUUGGGUGGACUGGGCUGGCGUUUUUGGGACCGAGAAGGACGAGUCCGGUGGUUAGGCAGGGGACCUUGUUGCUUUCGACUGUGUGCCUUUCGUUGUCUUUCAUUGGUGUUCGAGUGAUCUAUAGUCUUGUUGCUAUGAGUACGCAGAGGGCGGAUCUGAAUCCUACGACAGGGUCGCUGGCGAUUCGCGUUGUGUUGAGCUUCCUGCCUGAGUUGAUCGCCGCGAUUGCGUACAUUGCAGCAGGAAUGAAGACUCGGAAUGCUCCGAAGCAAGACCAAGAGAAGCAGGCCGAAGAGUGGUCAAUGGCAAAACAGACAGCUUCUCCGGUAGAUGUAUAA